ACAGGGCUUGGUUCUGCCAGGCUUCAUCCUCAUUACAGCCCGGCUGCCAUUGGAGAGCCCGCUGGCGACGAGCGAGCAGGAGGAGAAAACGCACGAGACGUCCGUCGGCAGCGUCCAUCACUUCAGCUCAUGUAACUGGAUACAGAUAUUUCACAUUAGCGACUUAGUUACUGACUAAAUAAAAGACGCAGAAGAGGGCGAGAAAAUGGGGCAUACCGCAAUCCCUGUCCUGGUGGCUGUAUUGUCCUAUUGCGUGUGGGGAAACGUCGAGGCCCUUGCCAUGGCCGAGGUGAACGGGCCGGGCCCUCAGCUGGCGGAGCCGCAGAUCGCCAUGUUCUGUGGCCGUCAGCUCCUGCACAUGAACGUGCAGACCGGUCAAUGGGAGCCGGACCCUCAGGGUCGCCAGGGCUGCUUCAAGGACCCCAAUGAGAUCCUGUCCUACUGUCAGGAGGUAUACCCAGCGCUCUCCAUUUCACACACAGAGGAAUCAAAAAGACCCGUCACCAUUCCGUCCUGGUGUAAGAAAGGCUGGGGCCGCUGCCAGACGCACCCCUUCAUCGUCCUGCCCUACCGCUGCCUGGAAGGUGAGUACGUCAGCGAGGCCCUGCUGGUGCCUGACAGAUGCCGCUUCCUCCAUCAGGAGCAGAUGGAUGCCUGUGAGAGCUACAUCUACUGGCACAACAUCGCCAAGGAGGAAUGCACCGCUGAAAACCUGGAGCUGCACAGCUACGGGAUGCUGCUGCCGUGUGGGGACCACUUCCGAGGCGUGGAAUAUGUGUGCUGCCCAGGCAGAGGCAGUUCAAACAGUCGAGGAGAGACCGAGGAGCGAGACGUGCUCGACGUUCCUCAGACCCUCACAUCCCAGACAAGUGGAAAACUCAACUCCGUCACCAAAGUGACAGCUCCCACUCCAAGUCCGUCUCCUGACACAGAUGUGGACGAGGCUGACAUGGAGGAAGAGGAUGAUGAAGUAGUAGAAGAAGAAGAAGAGGGUGAAGAGGAGGACGAUGUUGAUGAAGAGGAGGUAGAAGAAGAGGAAGAAGACGAAGCAAUGGCAGCUAAGGAUCCAGAAGAGUAUGAGUACUCUUUCGGCUCAGGUCCGUACCAGACGUCCGACUAUUUGGGCUCAUUUUACUACGAGAAAGGCCACAAGCCCUCCACAUCUGCACCACUGAUCAAGGGAGACAGCUUGACCACGCCUCGGCCCACAGAUGGCGUUGAUGUUUAUUUCGAGAAGCCAGUUGAUGACACAGAGCAUGCCAACUUCCUGCGUGCCAAAACAGACCUGGAGGAGCGCAGGAUGAAGCGCAUCAAUGAGAUCAUGAAGGAAUGGGCCGAGGCUGACAACCAAUCCAAAAAUCUGCCUAAGUCUGAGCGUCAGGCUCUGAAUGAGCAUUUCCAGUCGGUGCUGCAGACACUGGAGGAGCAGGUCGCUGGGGAAAGGCAGAGACUGGUGGAGACUCAUCUUGAAAGAGUUGAGGCCAUUCUCAACAACAAUCGUCGCCUGGCCCUGGAGAACUACCUGACUGCUGUGCAAUCUGAUCCCCCUCAGCCUGAGCGGGUGCUGCAGGCUCUAAAGCGUUACAUGGCAGCUGAGCAGAAGGACCGCAGACACACACUAAGGCACUACCAGCAUAUAGAGGCUGUCGACCCCCAGAAAGCUGAGCAGAUGAAAUUCCAGGUGUACACACAUCUCCAUGUGAUUGAGGAAAGGAUGAACCAAAGUCUUGCUCUGCUGUACAAGGACCCCACAUUAGCUGAGGAGCUGCAUGAUGACAUUCAGGAACUAGUAAAGGCGGAACGAGGUGACAUCAGCGAGCUGAUGACCACCUCCAUCUCUGAAACUCGCACCACUGAGGAGCUCCUGCCAGCCGAGAGCGAGGAAGAGAAGGAUGAUGAGGAGGAAGAAGAGAGGCCUUAUCCUCCUCACAUUGAUGUGCAGCCUAAUAAGAAAGAGGAUGAAUAUGACUACAACACAUCUGAGCGUAGCCCUACGUAUGAGAAUGAAGAAAAGAUCAACACCUCUGCAGAACUCAAGCAGGCGAUCAAGCCUAAUGAGAUUGCAAGGGAUGAACUUCAACCGGAUGCGCUGGAGACAUUUAACCGCAGCGCCAUGGUGGGGUUGCUGGUGGUGGCUGUGGCUAUUGCCAUGGUGAUGGUCAUCAGUCUGCUGCUGGUGCGCAGGAAGCCUUAUGGCACUAUCAGCCAUGGAAUUGUAGAGCAGGUCGACCCUAUGCUGACCCCGGAGGAAAGGCAGCUCAACAAAAUGCAGAACCACGGCUACGAAAACCCCACCUACAAAUUCUUUGAACAGAUGAACUGAAGCACUGGGUGCUUUGCCAGCAAGUCAUGCCUGACCACAUGUUUUGUCCCCCCCCCAACACACAAUCCCCAAUAAAGUUAAAAUCCAUCUGCACUCCCUUUGACGGUCUUAAGUAACUGAUUCCCCUAUGGUUCUCUGAAUCAUAGCCUUUCAUCAUAAUGUGAACAAUGAGAUACCAUGUUGGAAUCAACUUUACUUUAGGUUUAGCUGUGCCACAUUCUGUUCAUGACCCUGGAAAAAUCCAUGUCGUCCCUGUGGCAUGACUUGACCUACACUAGAGUUUAAUUUUGAAUGAUGCAUAAUGCUUUACGAUAUUUGUUUUUCAGUAGCAGUUUCUCUGUUGAGAUUGUACCACAGUUAAAUAUAUACCGGUGUAGAUGGGUGUGAAUGACAGCCUAUAGCUUAUAGUUCACUUCAGCUUACUGCGACGUCAGACGGCAUUAAAAAUUGAUCCGUAGGUGGUUGAAUGUAUGAGACAGACUUCGAAAUAAGUGACAGAAAAACACAGUAAGUGACACAGAAGUACAGUAUGAGCUGAUGGUACAAAACACUUUUAUCUCGGAGGAAAUAGCUUGUGUUAUCUUUAUUAUUUGGGCAAAACAUGUCAAACAACUUUCAGCUUAUUUAAUUACGAAUUUGGUUGGCUUUGUUUGUUCUGCUUCCUAAAGAAGUCUAAAACCGACUAAUCCGAAGUCCACUAAUUUACCAAACGCAUGACAUCUUAGUGUAUGAUGCUGUUUAUUUGUGUUGUUCCUGUCAUUGCCUUUUGAAGUGUCCCAAAUGUCACCGUUUCAAAAUGGACACUGUAUAUAAGAAGUACAUACGACUAGAUGUAGACGUUUCUAUGAUUAAUUUACAUUAAUGUAAUGGAAUAAUAUAUUAAAAAUAAUAAUAACGAUAAUGAUAAUAAUAAUUGUGCUGUUAAGAGAAAGAGAAACAUUUUCCUAACAUGGCUGAUUGAAAACGGACUGUUGUAAAAACCAGCACAAGACGACGACAAAGCAACUACUUUCUGAAUGUAUUCAAGGUAGACGUUGAGACUCCAUCCUCUUUUGUUUCAUCACUUCCCUUUUAGUAAACCUUAGUGGGAGUAGUGAAGCCCAAACCUUCUAGGAGACAAAAUGUCUGAUCCGCUCGUCGUCACUUCGUGUAGCAUUUCACAUUUUGCGAAUGUAUAUUUGAGCCGAGGAUUAAUUGGAUGUCUCGUCCUGCACAAAGCAGUGGAGCGUAAAGUGUCAGCAUAGGACUCCUAGAAACACACGGUCAUAGUUUUUUUAUGCCACUUUGACUAAACUCAUUAACACUAGAUGAUAGUACUCUAUAAAAGUUUUAUUUACUUGUCUCAUGAAAGAGCUUUUCACAGAAUGACUCGUAGUUUUUCACAUUGGUGACCAACGCUGCAUAAGUACAUAAAAAAGGGAUUGUCCCCUUUUUUUCUGACUAAUUCUUUACUGAUCAAUGUGUCGGCUUAAUUUUUCUUUUUUUUUUUUUUAAAACCACUAAAUUCCAUCAUUUGGUCAUCUUGAUUAAAAUAGGUCACACUGUAGAAUGUCACUUUUGGGUCAUCGGUUUUUACCGUAUAUGCUCCAUACCAAAAUCAACUUGUACUUUCUUCUGUUUUUGUUGGUUGGUUUGUUUUGCAGACCAUUUUCUAUAAAGCUUGCUUUUUUUUUUUCUUUUUUUUUUAAUUCCUCGAGGAAGUUGAGUAAAUUAUUACAACUUGUGGAGUGUUUUUCGUUCGUUCGUUUGUUUGUUUUCUUGCAUUUAAAAAAAAGAGCGAGACGUUCUGAUUAAUGAAGUACUGAGUUUAAACUUGCCAUAAUUUGGGUUUGUCUUGUCGGGCAGGUUUAAUAGCGGGGUUGUGGCUGAGUUAUGACAAGUUGAGGACAAAGUCAUAGCCCUUGUAUAUUUUGUACAGCUACGUUAGUGAAUGAAAACAUUGUAUGUUCACAGUUUAAGUCAGUUGAUCUUGUAAUGAUACUUCUGAAACCAUAGAUGAGAAGAAGCUUGCCUGUGUUUCCCAAACCACUGAAGGUUUCCUACCAGCAUUUAGCAGACGUAGAACGGUGUAUACUCUAGUUCAGUCACAUUUGUACCGACGUCCUCAGUCCAAUUCUAGACUUCUUUGUUGGUCUGUCCCCUAUACCUUCCCGAUGAAAUGUAAACUAUGUUAUUGAGGUUUUAAUUGCUGCAUUAUUGCCUUUUACAAUGCUGUGUUUUGGAUGUAAUUAUUCUGUAUUUUUUAUUUAAAUUGUACGUAAUAAUCAGUUGGAACAAGGGUCAUGUGUUUCACAUGUAAUUACAAGCAUGUAUGAGGAAAAAAAAUAAAAAGGGAAAAUAGUCAGAAAUGUAAAUACUUGUCCUCUAAUUGACAAGCAGUGGCACGAAGCACAAGUUGAACCAAACGACUGAUUUGUGAUAAAGCUUAGAAAUGUAAGAGCGGUUGUCUGAUUUCGGAGAGCUGGUCCUCAUUCCCAUUAGAAACCUUUAACCAAAGACAUGUUUCCCAAUAAUUCAAACACAGUUCUUUAUUUGGCAAAAUGUUUUCAGUGUAACUGUAUUGUUAGAAGUUUGACUAAUUUAAUCUGGUUAAAUUAACGGUAAUAAAAGUGAAUGGCCCCUUAAA